AUGCAAGAGCUAGCUGCACCAAGCACUUUAUGGAACGUGGAGACGGCAUGCAGAGUUUCGAGGUCCCGAUAUGAAGGGGACAUGGAAAAGAACGCAGAUUGGUCUCUGGAUCGGGACCCACAACAUGUCCAGCAGGAUGAACAGGAUCGUGAUCCUGGUAUAAAGGAGAACCAUUUUGCAGGUUACGACGCCUCUGGAGACAUUCCCGGCACGGCGACAGAUGUCCGCCCUCCCAUUUCACCUUAUCAACAUCGAUGUUCUCGCACCCUAGAUGCGGACGAGUGUGUCCUUAUGGAGGAUGUUUAUCCGCACGUGAAGCGUAAUACCCUUCGUCACUCCCUUACCAUGUUUCUCGCAGACGCAAACAGCCGGUCUAGACGACGAAGACGCCAGGCUGAGCACAGAAGCAGUCACACGGCUCAAAUUCCCACUGCAGUUCACACCUCCGCUUCAGGGGAUCACAUUAUCACUGCCGCCGUCAAGCUCUACCUCGUUCAGCUUCGGACAAGCAUGCGCAAGAUAAUCAUCGAGCUUCACGGUUGGGCGCCGGCAUUCAACGCUAUGUCUCGCAAUGGUGUUGACGUUUUUCGAAAUGGUUGGAUGUAA